AUGGACAAAAGUAAAAAUUUGAUAUUGCAAGAUGACAUGGAUUCAGAAACAUUUGAAAGAUGCAAAAGCAGCUCAGAAGAAUCAGACGAUAAUAUUACACUAGAUGUUCCUUCGGCAUUAUCUUUGCAUCCAGUACAUGGUGCAUCUCAAGAUUCGCUGCAUAUAAACCCUGCAUUGGAUUCACCUCAGCUCCUUUAUGCACAACAUGGUACCCUUGAAAAUAAUUUUACAGUGAGAACAGAGAGUGAUUCACAUCCAAUAUUAUCUGGAAAUAGAAACAAAAGUACUCAUUAUUUGUCGAGAAAUAGGCAGCGGGAAAAGAUAUUGUUGAAAAAAUUUGAAGAUGAAGUUUUAAAUAAUGAAGUGGCAUCCAAAUCAUUUAAAAGUUUAAGAAAUGAAACCCAAGAAAAAUAUUUGUAUCAAAUAAGACGAUAUAUAUGUCAUUGUGCAAAUAAGGGGUUAGCUGAUUUUUAUGUUGAUUAUGACCUAGUAAAAGAAUUGAUUGAAAAUGAAAUAGAAAAACGAGGACAAAUUACUGAGAACACAAUCAAAAGUUUACGUUCUUCCUUGAACAAAUUGUAUCACAUGAAUACAAUUGUAUAUCCUACAGCACAACCACAUAUAAUUUUAGGUGAUAACAUAGUACAAGAAAUUAUGAGUAAUUACAAAGAAACCACCAAAAAGAAAAAUACUCAAGCUAUUGUUGAAGGUAGCAGUUCUUCAUCCUCAACACCCUUAACUUCUCGGUCCACAACACUGAAGGAACCAAGCGAUGCUUCAAUCAUUUCUGGUAAAUCAGGAAUAUCAUCUUCAACAUCCACAUUCCCUUCUAGCAUUGAAAGUAAGGAACAAUAUUAUCCUGAAGGAGAAGAUGGUGGUCAAGGACAAAAUGAAUUUCCUGGCUCGGGAGCUGAUCGCCCUGAAGUUAAGUUUAGAUUGAGUACAACUUCUAAAAUCAAGUUGUUACCAGAAGAAGAAUCGUUAUUAAACAAGUUUAACCAGGAAGUUUUAGAAAGUGAAAGAACAGCUGAUAUUUUAAGCAGUUUAACUGAAAACACCUUUAAAUCUUAUGCAACUGAUAUGAAGCGGUUCCUUAGGUUUUGUGCUCGUCAAGGGAGAACUGAUACUUUUAUUGUUGAAAACAUUUUAAAAAAAUUUUUAACAUCCGAAGUUGAUAAAAGCAAGAAAAGCAACUCCAAAAAAUUAAGAACUAGCUUGUUGAAGUUGCAUCAGUUGAACUGUCAAGCAUAUAAUCUUGAUUAUUCAGAAGGUGACAUUGUCUUUUUAAUCAAUAAACACGUGGAUGGAAGUGGCACUACCGGUUUAGCUAACGAAUCACCAUUUUCAGUCGAGCAAUUUAACUCAACCAACUUGUUGGACAGAUUAGAUGAGAUGUUGAACACUACCAAUCAGUUAGGGGGCAUAACAGAAGCAAAUAAGAUUUUGCAUAAAAAUGAAUUUAAGCGCUAUGCGUUGUUUUGUUCCAACAACAAUUUUAAUCACUUUCACGUCAAUGGUGAGACAGUUGUUCAAUAUUUGGAAGAGUUGACUAGAAAUGAUUCAACCAUCAAUAGUAAGAAUUUGAGAAGAUGCUUAAAGAAGUUGAGUUUGUUGCAUUCAUUGAAUGAGGAAAAUUUCGAUAAUUAUCCAACUUCAAUCGAGAACAUAGAAUUAGUUGAAGAGUUUAUUAAAAACUUCAAGGCUGCCACCAGUGGCAUCACGCAUCCAAUUUCAAGUUCAACUGAUCCUUCAAGUAGUGGCGAUGGAACAAGUGCUGGAACAUAUUCCGGAGUUUCAUCUUCAAUUUCUUCACUUGGUGUAAAUGUACCACCAUUAUUUUUGAGUGAACAAAGUGGAGAAGGAGGGUCUGCUAAUAGAGAAGAAACAGUCAGUUCACUGUCAUCAGAAAAGUUCAACAAAGAUGCUGGUUCAAGGGAACCUAUAAAUGUCAGUGAUACCCAGGGACAAGAUGAAAAUUUAUUAUCUGCUUCGCCACUAAGUGCUAUUUUACAACCUGGUGCUACUCCAAAUUGUGUAGAAGGUGAACUGAAAGAGAUCGCAAACAAGGAAGACAAUCAUGGUGAUGAUAAUGAAAAUAGUGAAAACGAAGUGAACCAAGACGAAUCAAAUGACGGAAACAACUACCAUAAAAAUUAUACCGAAAUUGAUGGUACUAUUGAUUCCGAUGAGGAAGAAUCUGGAAGUGUUAGUGAUGACGAAGUUGAUGAUUCCGGUAAUAAAGAGGAAGAUAGUAGUGAUUCGUCAAUUUACACUUCCAAACGUCAAAAAUUAGAGUCUUUACCGCCAACUACCGAUUUCAUUCCACCAUUUGUUAUGAAUAGCGAUAUUAGAACUGUAAUUCAAUUGGUUGAAGAAUGGACAUUAAUUGUCAAACGAACAAAUAAAUGGGGAUUGGGAUGGAUAAAAACCCAUGUUGACCAUCAAAUAUACAAUGACAGAAAGAUACUCAUUGAAUUUAUUGAAGAUAUUUUGCCUGAGUUAGAUGAAAAAAAUAAAGGAAAGACUAUUACUGAAGUUGAUGAAGAUCAAGUAUAUGAAAUUGCUAAAGUUUUUGAUCAGUACAUUACUAGAAGAGAGAUCACGUUGAACGAUUUGAUUAGAAAAAUUGUCAAUAAUCCAGUUUACUCAAAAAAAGAGUUUUUAAGAAUCUUUACUAGAAGACAAGCAACUGAAACAUGA